AUGAUUGGUUGUGUACCUCCAGCAGGCUACAUAAAAACCCAUGAUGGACGAACUAUACCUCCACGUGUUGUAAAUAAAGGCAUCAACAGUAACUGGAUAACUUCACAGAAUGUGGAAAAGGGUGAAAUUCUUUGGAGUGAAAACUUAUUUGUUUUUUGUGGAGGAGUUUCCGAAGAUAAUUUAUCGGUCUUAACAGAAAAUGUGGAGUGGAAUCAGUUAGCUUCAGCGGUGUGGAAUGCUAUGGUAUCGAAAGGUGGCGAGCGAGUUACUUUCUGGGCGAUGGGAUUUAAUGCACUCGCUCGUGUGCUUCUCGUUGCGAGUAACUCUCCAAAUAGUAUUGGUUCUUUUUUUAUCGAGUCGCGCUCUGUUUCUCCACAGAGAGAUUAUAUACCAGUUUCACUGGCAACAUUACUAGUAAAAGGUAUGGAAAAACUAAAGGGUGUUUCUCCAUUCCCUCCAGUAGUGGCCACUUGGCUUCUCAUGACUUUACAAGAGAGAAUAUUUCCUCUUUCAAAGGAUUCUUCCUCUGAAAUGAAGGUUAAGUUAAAUGGUUUUCUUUUUCUUUCAAGGAAAGCUGCAAUAGUUCCUAUAGAAAAGGCAGCCAAUGCAAAGCUUUCUGUAUCGAAAAUUACGCAAACAGGUGAUGUGAUACUACAUUGUGUUGCCACCAAAACAAUUGCAGAGGGGGCACAAGUGCGACUGCACAUGGGCCGAAGUAUUGCUGAGUCGAUGGAUAUACCGAAUAACUGGAAGGACGCAUGGAAUAAUUAUUGUUCUCUUAUGGAAAAGCGUCUGUUACUUGGCAUACACUAA